CACACACAACACCAAAGGGCACUCAAAACACUCAUACACACACACACACACACACACACAACUCAUAUACACACGUACACAAAACACAAGAUGACACUCAAGACUCACAUUAACAACACCAACUUCGACUUCGAAAAUUGUACCGAAGAGACGGUCAACAUGCUCGACCUCAAGAUAGACACAGGGCAUAGUAGCAUCAGCUUUAGCUCUCAGCCGAUGUCGUGCCCGUCCUCGUGCCCAUCAACAACCGGGAGCUUCUCGUCAGCAUCCUCACUAUACGAUCCCUUCACACCUACGUCCAGGACUUCCACCCCUCCCCAACCCAUCAAUUAUGAUCCCUCCCCAUCCUCAUGCGAGGAGGAUUGCAUCAUGUUCCAAUUCACCCCACCGCCCUCGGCCACGUCCACCUAUUUUCCCAUGGAGCUGAAGCCGACGGUGGCUCCCAACAUGCUGACCCACGGCCUGCCCACAACGCCCUCGCGGUGCAACAACCUGUUUGACAAUACACUGUCACUCCAGGGGCCACUGGAGUUUGCCACACCGACACAAGACAUCGAAGCCGCCUACCAUAGCCUUCCUGACAGCCUCGGGGCCUCCCCCUUCAUGAUCCCCACGCCCCCACCACAGUUUGGUGGCCCUGGGAACAACUCUGCCACACCCAGCUGCGACCUCAGCUCCAUGUGGGGGUCGCACAGCGAUG